AAACUGUAUAGGUAGUCUAUAGAGCGACUCUGCUGGCGCGGCCCACCUGCACAGCAUUGCACGCAUUGGUGACUCAAGCCUCUAGGCUACGGUAGGUCCUAGGCUCUAGGAAUGAUUCACAGCUCGCUUGCAGCCAGCUUGCAGCUCAAGAGCUCCAGCUUGCUGUGGCCGUCCAUUUCUUCGCUGAGUCCCAGUCAGACUUCACUUCAAAGCUGAAGUGAUCUCUUUAACGUACAGAAUCAAUCGGACAUGGGGGCAGAGAAGCCUUCCUGUCCAGAAGCAAGCAUGCGGGACCAUGUCCUGGAGACAUUCUUCUUUCGUCUCUUGUUGGUGGUAAUUCUGCUCCACCACCAGAUUGCUCAGGUUGAGGCCAGGUUGCCUGGUGGCGUGAGGCUUUCCAGCAAUGACAAAUGGACAGUGUGCACGUCACCUUGGCAGCCUUUUGUGCAGUGCACAAUUGGUUCUACGGAUCCAACCGACUUCUCAGGCUACGGGAUUGAAGUGUUCCGUCAGGCAUCCCUGCAUCUAGGAUGGAAAACAUCGGACUAUACAUGGCAGUGCAUGGAUUGGCUUAACAUGACCGCAGACAUGGUUGCUCCUAAUGGCACUUGUGACAUGACAGCGGCUGACUUUACGUACGAUGGGGCGUCCCUGGAUCAGGGGUUGAAGUUUGCGUACCCCGAUGCGCACGACUCCUUCUCCAUCCUUGUGUAUGCCAAAGAGGAGACAUCCGGACAUUGGCUCUUCUUACAGCCUUUCCGGUGGGAGGUUUGGGUUAUGCUUCUAGUUGCAGCCGUGCUGGUCGGCGUAUCGAUACAUCUUGUGGAGGUUAUGUCCAAAAAGUACACGACACGAGAGAUUCACCUGGAGACCAACACCUUCUUUGGUGAACAUGGCUGGUUCGACUCAAUGUGGAAGGGCAUGGGUCUAAUCGUGAAUGCGGUGGACCCUAUCUCCACUGCCACGUUGGCGUCCCGCCUGGUCGUCUUCGUGUGGUGCUUCAUGAUCCUGUUGCUGCUCACUAUGUACACCGGCAACGCGGCAGCGAUCCUGACGGCGCGCAGAUGGAGUUCAAGCAUUCAAACUCGGAGCGAUCUGAUGGGAGCCAACUUCGGCGCCUCUAACGGCGGGUUUGCAAGCUUGGCGAGGCUGGGGGUGUUUCCCACUGUAUCAUAUCCAUGGAGGAACAAUAACGAUUCGGCUGCCUUUCUGGAGGAGCUUCGGCUUGGUCAUGUGGACGCACUCGUACUCGACACCGCAUUUGUACAAUACAUGGCGGCAAUCGAUUGCACUUUCCACGAGGUGGACGUUCCUUUCGGGAGCCUGAACUACGCGAUGACGUUCAAUCCGAGUUUCCCCGCCACCCUGGCGGAUAACUUCAGCCGCGCCGUGCUCGACAUGGAGCAAGGCGGGACCUUGGACCGGCUCAGGACGGCCUUCCUCGUCCCCCCCUCUAGUUGCGGUUCUGGAGCAUCCCCCGUGAAUGAGGGGGUCACCUUUGGUCAGGUGUACGGGCUAUGGAUUGUGCUGGCGGGAACCAUUGUUGUGGCCCUAUGUCUAGCAUAUCUAAAGUCCCUAUUCAACAAGAAGCGGCGAAUCAAGUUGUUGAGGAGCUUGAACCGUCGGAAGAAUUUGGCGCAGAGCCCCGCCGGGAGCGUCGAAGUAAAUAUGGGGGAUAAAGUGGACGGUGGUGUAGUGCUUUCAAUUAAUCCUGUCGCUUAAGGUGUGCCUGAAGAGUCCGUUAGGGAAUCCGAGGGCAAGGAGGACCCUCUUAAAAAUGUUGCAGUAUAGUGAAACAAGUUUCUAGCAUCGAGUUUAACGUAGCCGGAUUUCCGUGUAGACUACACAUCGAUCAAAAGCUGACAAGCUAGGGAUCAUGCGCACGCCAUAAGAUUAGGAUUUGUGUGAAACACACACUGAAAACUUUCAAGGUAAUGCACGCCAUAGGCUUUAUUUGGUCAACUAGAGAAGUGCAGAAGUAGAACUUGAAUAACACUAACAUAGUGAAUUAAGAGUUGAACACUGACCGCCCCGAGCACAUGUUAGAGACCCAACCAUCCAGGUGGUGUUCGCAAAGCUGCCAAUAAAACUCAGCAUUUGGUUUUGAGUUGUUUAUCUUAAGGUAUACGACUCAGUCCAAUCGCUCGAGGCUCUGUUGUAACAAG